GUUCCUCAAUAACCGCCUCACGCUGUAAUGACGGCGGCUAUAUCGCCUAUCCAUCCGACGGCCGUGAUUUAAUCCAUCACCUCCGGCUUUCUCCUCCGAUUUCUUGCCGGCCUCCUCCUCCUCCUCUCUCUCUCUCUCCUGCUUCUUCUCCACGCGCCCCCAGAACCGAGGAAAACCACCCGUGCUCCCUCCAGGUCUGCGGCGGAAGCUGGUGGAGCUCCGAAGAUGGUUCCUGACCACCUGAAACCCUAGGCUCUAACUUAGAUCCAUCCCUCUUCCUCCGAUUGAUGGGAUCCGGAGCGUGCGCCAUGGAGGUCGUCGGAAGCCCCAGAUUCGCUGUGGCGUGCAUUGUAGGGGGUCUCCUCCUCGCUCUUUCCUUUCUCCCCGGGGUGAGGCUCCCCGGGAUCCGCCGCCGGAGGAAGCGUCCGGUAAGGGUCUACAUGGACGGGUGCUUCGACAUGAUGCACUACGGCCACUGCAAUGCCCUGCGCCAGGCCCGGGCGCUCGGAGAUCAGCUAGUUGUUGGGGUGGUGAGCGAUGAAGAGAUCAAGGCGAAUAAGGGGCCGCCUGUCACUCCUCUCCAUGAAAGGAUGAUUAUGGUGGGUGCAGUGAAGUGGGUUGAUGAGGUCAUUCAAGAUGCCCCUUAUGCUAUAACUGAAGAAUUCAUGAAUAAGUUGUUUACUGAAUACCAGAUAGAUUAUAUUAUCCAUGGGGAUGAUCCUUGUCUGCUUCCUGAUGGUACUGAUGCAUAUGCCCUGGCCAAGAAGGCUGGUCGAUAUAAACAAAUUAAAAGAACUGAAGGAGUAUCGAGCACUGAUAUUGUCGGUCGCAUGCUACUUUGUGUAAGGGAGAGAUCACUUGGUGGUAGUAAUCAUUCUUCUUUGCAAAGGCAGUUCAGCCAUGGACACAACCAGAAAGUUGACGACACAGGGUCUGCUGCAGGAACUCGGAUAUCCCAUUUCUUGCCUACAUCUCGGCGAAUAGUGCAAUUUUCAAAUGGCAAGGGUCCAGGUCCUGAUGCACGUAUAAUUUACAUGGAUGGUGCAUUUGAUUUAUUCCAUGCCGGACAUGUGGAGAUCCUACGACUUGCUCGAGAACUUGGAGAUUUCCUUCUUGUAGGAAUUCAUACAGAUCAAACAAUCAGUGCCACUCGAGGACAUCAUCGUCCAAUAAUGAAUCUCCAUGAGAGAAGCUUGAGUGUUUUGGCUUGCCGCUAUGUAGAUGAAGUGAUAAUUGGUGCCCCUUGGGAAAUUUCGAAGGAUAUGAUUACUACAUUUAAUAUCUCAUUGGUUGUUCAUGGAACUAUAGCUGAAAAUAUGGAUUUCCUAAAGGAGGAUUCAAAUCCAUACGCUGUUCCCAUGGCUAUGGGAAUCUACAAGCAACUACAAAGUCCUUUGAGCAUCACAACUAGUACGAUCAUAAAGAGGAUUGUUGCUAACCACGAAGCAUAUCAGAAAAGAAAUGAGAAGAAAGAAGCUAGUGAAAGGAAGUACUACGAGAGCAAGAGCUACGUCUCUGGAGACUGACUCUGCACAACGUUUACCAGGAAAAGUUAUUUCCAGAAUCUGGAAGCAGCGAUCGCGAUAUCAAGUCGGUUCCUCCUCAGCUCGAAUUUUGUUCAUUUUAAAUUUAUAUUUUUCAGGUCAAUAUGCAGUCACAUAAUCAGUUAAUAGGCUGGAAGGUUGCCAGUGUAUCACUAGCUUGGGGCACCAAUUGUUUGAUUCGCGUAUCUCUUUAUCAGUAAUUUUGAUCCUGCUAUUCCAGCCCGAGCUGUUUUGUUUCUAAUGAACAUUAUUUUAUCGUCUGUAUUUAGUAGAUUCAGCAACCAGUAUCUAAUAUAAUUUUGUUUCGUUUA